CCCAUGUUGCCGUGCACUGGGCGCAUGUAAUAAAUCCGGUACGGGGUACCGGUGUGCGGUGUUGACGGGCUGAGAUGAGACGUCUGACGGCGUGUCGGCGCGGUACAUAUGGUUUCAUAUACAUGAUUAGGGCCACUAGAAAAGGAUGAGUAAUGCUAGGUACGGGGUAAACGCUUAGUGAUUACAAUUUCGCCUGUAAACAUAUUCGAAUUAUACAGAAAUUCGCCUAUUACUGACGUUUGAAUCCCAUCGAAAAUGGAGGAAAAAAUAACAGAUGGUUUAAGUGGAGAUGCCAUUAUCCCAAAUGCUGUAUCUCCUGUACCAACCACACAGGAUGCACUGGCCUACCUCAAUUCAAUCACCUCAGAUGAUCUGCAAAGCAUCCUCUUCACAGAUGCUCUAGUGACAACAUCAGACACAGGGAAAGAACUAGGAGAGUUCUCAGUCAGUAUUGAGCUGGCCAGGCAUGGUGGUCAAGAGUGCCUGCUAAUUCAUGCCAACAGCCAUGGAGCCCUGGACAAUGUACCCAUGGGAACAUCAGUCACUGCGUAUGUGUCAAAAAAUCUGCAGACGUUAGAGCAGCAGCAUCAUGAAUACGUAAAGCUGGAAGACAAUCAUCUUGACAAGAAGACGUUUCUUAUAUUACAAGAUGGCCAAUAUGUAGUCAACAGAGUCAUCACACAGGGAGAGCAAGUUCAGAGGACAUCUCAGAUGUAUAGCCUUGAUGCAAUGAAGGGCUUCAUCUCUGAAGGCUCCAACCUCAUGCUGGAGAGAGUGAUGGUCAAGAAGGGAAUUCCAGGCAACAUGAGCUUCCUAUCCUUUGAUUCAGAGGCAAAUCUCUGCUGUGCCACAUAUAAACCUCUUGAAGAGCGCCCUCAGAAAGUGGGGGAUGAAGAGAUAAGAGUGACAGGUGUUGAGAGGACAAUUCAGUCCAGCACAGAUCUACCCACAACAUGGCAGACAUAUUUCCUAUCGGAUGGCCAUUUGACAAGUCGGGUCCAAGUUGGUUCCCCAGUAACCAUGAGGCUGUUGCAGUUACCAGCUUUUGUCCCUGAGGAAAAGAAGAGACAACAGCAAUCAGUACCUCGUAAACCUCUAAACUGGGAGGAAGACAUGCAGCUGUAUUCAAAGUUUCUUGACAAGAAGGAGGAACUGAAGGGAGACCAUGCUACCUACAUGAGACACCAUCCAGAGCUCAAAGCGCUUCUUGCAGACUUCCUACAAUUCCUUCUCCUACGCAAACCAGAAGAUGUAGUGGCCUUUGCUGCUGAUUAUUUUGCCUCCUUCUCCCCUACCACCAAGAUGGGUAGCUCCUAUGCAACAUCUAAUGAGCCCAGGUACACUCCAAGGCCAAACUCUCCAUUCAAGAAAAGACAAGGGGAGGAUGCAAAAGGACUAUCCAGUUGAGGAAAUCAUAACUAGCUUGUGUAUUUGGGGAUAUUAUAUAAUCUAGCAAAAACCACAGAAAAAUGAGUUAGAAUGCUACGAAAUUCCAGGGUAGGUUUAAAAUGAGCAUACAUGUUCAUGUAUGUGCUUUGUGUCCUUGUCAUAGUUAAACUCAUUGAUUUUGAGACUUGAUAAGCACAACAAAAGUGUGCGAAAGUGAAUUGCGAUGUGUAGCAUUGGUUACAUUGCAGAGUGUUGGAAAUGCACAACAUGUACAGUGGUUGUCAGGGCACUGUUAGCAUUAGCAUUGAUUUAUUCCUACAAAGUCAUAUGAAACAGAAAGAAAUCUAAAAAGGACUAAUCUCCAAAAGAAAAACACCCCCACCAAUAAAGAAAACCCUCAUUUGGUAACAGUUCAUUGUUUUGGUACUGUUUUUAGAUGCUUUUGUUCUCCAACAUGUGGUUUUUGGUUAUUUAGUAAUUUGGGUGUGGUUUUGUUUUUAAACUGGCUUAAUAAUCUUGGCUUUCUGCAUAUGUGUGGAAAGGCCUUUCUUUUGUCAUCUCUUCUUCUCUUUUCUUAUUAUUCUUCUGCCAUGAGUCUCAUAGACUCUUUUUUCAAUACAGUACUUUUGCCCCUUUGGGGAAGUCAAGAUGUGCACUGAAAAAUUACAUGAUGAUGUCAUUAGAGAUUAUGUUACAUUGACAUACUUAGAGGGGCGUAUAUCCAGUUUCAGUAUGGAACUUAAGUACACACUUAAUCAGUUUCAGAUUUGUGGGUUCAGAGACAGGGCUGUUUUAUUUUUUGUCCUUUUUAUUUAUUUAUUCAUGCUGACAUUGGCAAUGGUUAAUAUAUCAUGGACAAUAUAAUAAAUAUGUAAAUGUACAUUGACAAAUACUGUGAAUAAAAAAUUAAGCAGCUAAUGCUGAGAAAAACUAGUCUUAUACACGUAUAAUAGUCGGUUAAACUUAUUUUGCAAUGUUAACAUUGAAUUGCCGGCAUAGGGGUCUGGAUCAGUCAAAUGAUUACUUUUCUCUGCCAACCUUUGCACGGAUUAGUUUUCCCAAGAUGUUAUACCCCAGUGUGAACAGUUUGAGUUCUGUACAUGUGUUUCUUUGGUGGGUCAAUCUAUCUUUUGACCAUACCUUGCUGUUUGCAUUCAUUCAUGACAGUCAUGGUAGAUGUAUGGACACCUUUAGAUAUUUCAAGUAUACUUCAUAAUAUUGUAUUCACUGAUGCCAUCAAACACUAUUCUGUAAAGAUGACGUGUGAAGGGUUCAAGGAAUGUUACAUUUCAAAUGUUUACUGCAAUCUACUUGGAGUGUUGUAUGGUUUGAUUUACUAAAUGAAGUACUGAGGGUAAGUAUGUGUGUGUGCAAAGCCCCAAAUUUGACUGGGACACUACACACCUCCAGGUCGAAACUUAAAUUGUCGAUUCCGCUUCUUAAACGUAUCAAUGAAAUGUGACCUGAUAUUUAGCUGAAAACUUCUGUCUGAGAUUUAUUGAAGAAAAGAACUUGAAAACCUGUAUUCAUUUCAGUCACAUAUUUGUGUACAAUUCAAGUCAUGAAUGGUUUCAGAAGUCAUUUUUGUUUUUGGAUAUAUUAUAAGAAUAUUCCUUGCAAGGCAUUAGCAUCUAACAAUUUCUUGUAUGUAUUCCUUCAUUAACGUAACAAGAUUUCACAUGUGCCUUUGAAAGGACAUUCCAAUUUUUGAACCGUUUAGUACAAGGCAACAUUUUGUACUCGGAGUCAACAUCGUAAUGUACAGUUGGAGUCAUGUUCAAACAGUUGCAGAGCAGACAGAUACAGCAGUUUGAUCACUGCAAACCAGCUUGAAUGAAGCAGAUACUCCAGGGUCCAGAAAUACAUAUAUGCCAAGCACAGAAAAGACUUGCUUGGGGAGACAAGUGUACAAUCAACUUACAAUGUGUGCUCUUCAGUGAUGGGAAAAAAAGGAAGAAAACAUAUUUGUUUGUGCAUAAACUUGCAACCAAACAAGACUUUGCUUAGCAUCUCUGUGCUAAGGCCCUGUGCUGCUGACCCACAAAGAAUGACAUGGUUAACUAUAACAGCUACAUGACAGCUUUGUAUGUAGCUGUUAAGAAAUUCAUCUCCAGAAUACCGUUUGCUAGCUUGUUUGUUUAUUUUACAAAGGACAACAUUUCAUUUGAGCUGGAAUUGUAAUUCAGAAAACUUUUUUUUCCCACAUUGAUCUGUAAACUUCAUUUGACAAGUAAUUUUCAAAUUGUGUAGAUGUGCUCCAGCCUUUCAUUACCUAUGUUUGUCGUCAGUUUUCAAGCCACAGUGGUCACAUUGAUGACAGUUCAGUUAUGUUGUACACAGAGGUAAAUCUUGCCAAAAUGUACCAAAGUCAAAGUGCAAGGUAUUUAUUCUCCCAUACAUUAGAGACAAAAUAUUACAGACAUUUCAAAACUUACAGGUGAAACUUAUUUACAUGUACAGUAUAUGUCAUGAUUCAUGAAAAGUUGCAACUACUGUGGUUAUUAAGUCAA